AUGCCGGAAGCACCGAGCGCCCAGCCAGCUCCCGCCUCUGGCUACGCCCCCGGGGCGCACCGCGAGGCGCUCGACUUCAUCGAGCACGUCACGGCGAACGCCGGGAAGGUGCAGCAGUGCGUCCUCGCCGAGAUUCUGGCGCAGAACGCGACGGCCGAGUACCUGCGCCGGUAUGGCGUCUCCUCCAGCAGCAGCCCCCUCGAUGCCGUGGACGCCUUCCGCCGCUGCGUCCCGCUCGUGACCUACGAGGACCUCCAGCCUGAUAUACUCCGCAUCGCCAACGGUGACUCCUCGCCGAUCCUCUCCGGCAAGCCCAUCUCCGAGUUCCUCACAAGCUCCGGCACUUCCGGAGGGGAGCGGAAGCUCAUGCCGACCAUCGCCGACGAGCUGGACAGGCGGUCUCUGCUGUACAGUCUACUGAUGCCGGUGAUGAGCCAGUCGCUGCCCGGGCUGGACAAAGGCAAGGCGAUGUACCUGCUCUUCGUCAAGGCCGAGUCGCGGACGCCGGGAGGGCUCGCCGCGCGGCCGGUGUUAACUAGCUACUACCGGAGCCGGCAGUUCCUCGACCGGCCGCACGACCCGUACACGGCCUACACGAGCCCCAACGAGGCCAUUCUGUGCGUGGACUCCUACCAGAGCAUGUACGCCCAGCUGCUCUGCGGCCUCGUGCACCGCACGGACGUGCUGCGCGUCGGCGCGGUGUUCGCUUCGGGCUUCCUCCGCGCCAUACGCUUCCUCGAGAAGCACUGGCCGCGCCUGUGCCACGACAUCCGCACCGGCGAGCUCGACCCGGAGAUCACCGACCGCUCGGUGCGUGACGCCGUCGGGAGGUUGCUCCGCGCCAACCCAGCCCUCGCCAGCGAGAUCGAGGCCGAGUGUUCGGAGCCGUCGUGGGAGGGCAUCAUCCGACGCCUGUGGCCUCGCACCAAGUACAUCGACGUGAUCGUGACCGGCGCCAUGUCGCAGUACAUCCCAACCCUCGAGUUCUACGGCGGCGGCCUGCCGCUCAUCUGCACCAUGUACGCUUCUUCGGAGUGUUACUUCGGCCUGAACCUCAACCCCAUGUGCAAGCCCGGCGAAGUCGCGUACACUCUCAUCCCCACCAUGUGCCACUUCGAGUUCCUCCCCGUCCAUUGCAGCAACGCCAAUGCCGAGCCGAGCCACCACGACCUCGUCGAUCUAGUCGAUGUGAAGCUCGGGCACGACUACGAACUCGUGGUAACCACCUUCUCAGGUUUGUGCCGGUAUCGUGUGGGCGACGUUCUGAGGGUAGCAGGGUUCAAGAACGAGGCGCCGAUGUUCAGCUUCGUGCGACGGCGGAACGUGGCGCUGAGCAUCGACUCGGACAAGACGGACGAGACGGAGCUGCACACGGCGGUGAGCAGCGCGGUGCAGCACCUGGCGCCGUUCGGCGCAUCGCUGGUGGAGUACACCAGCUACGCCGACACAUCCGCCAUCCCAGGCCACUACGUGCUGUUCUGGGAGCUGCGCGAGGGCAGCACGGCGGUGCCGGCGUCCGUGUUCGAGGAGUGCUGCCUGUCCGUGGAGGAGGCCCUGAACAGCGUGUACCGGCAGUGCCGCGCCUGCGACAGGUCCAUCGGCCCCCUCGAGAUCCGCGUGGUGUCCGAGGGCACCUUCGAGAAGCUCAUGGACUACGCGCUCAGCCAGGGCGCGUCCAUCAACCAGUACAAGGCGCCGCGCUGCGUGCGCCCCGGGCCGGUCGUCGAGCUCCUGGACGCGAGGGUGCAGGCCAGCUACUUCAGCCCCAAGUGCCCGAAAUGGAGCCCCGGGAACAAGCAAUGGAACACCUCCAAGGAGCUGCUGAGCAUCGGAGACGCCUAG